AUGUUUUUUUUUAAAUUAUGCGUUUUGUCUUAUUUGUCAAAAUUAUUGACCUUGACCUUAUUUUGUUUAGUAGAGCUCAAAUAUUACGGAUAUUUAAAACAUUUAAACGCGCUCCUAAAGUCAGAAAUGCAGGCUAUUCGCAGGGCUAUUUUUUGUGCGAUGGCCCCGAAGGCAAUUGGCCCUUAUAGUCAAGCCAUUUGUGUUGAUAAGACAAUUUAUACAUCUGGUCAGCUUGGUCUGAAGCCAGAUACGAUGGAUUUUGCAGCUGGUGGUCACAUGAUGAACAUCGUGAAGACCACUGUUCUUUUAGCAAACAUCGACGACUUCCCAAAAGUCAACGAAGUCUACUUAAAGUACUUCACUGAACCGUAUCCAGCAAGAGUUUGCUUUGCUGUUAAGACCCUCCCUAAGGAUGCAUUGAUUGAAAUCGACGCCAUUGCUGUCUUGGAUAAAUAA